ACUUCUCCUUCCUUCACUCGAGGUCGACGGCUGAGGCUUGACUCCUAUUUCUUCGGUUUCUGCUGCCUCUCUCCCUCUCCGUCUCAGAGUCCCCCCCUCCCAGAACCAUGGCCAGCACUUUCUCUCGGAUUUUCUCAAGCAGAAGGACCGGUGGCAUCCUGUCCUUGGUGGGAGCUGGAUCCCUGGCCACUGGCUUUCUGCUGGGCAGGGACCAUGUCAAAGCAGUGGCUGAGAGAAGGAACCUGUAUCCUGCCAGUGCCGAUUUCCCUGAUCUUACAAAGCACAACAAUUGCAUGGCGUCCUGCUUGACCCCAGGUCUGUAUGCCAGGCUCCGGGACAAAGCUACUCCUGCUGGCUGGACACUGGAUCAGUGUAUCCAGACGGGAGUGGACAACCCCGGACAUCCUUUCAUCAAAACUGUGGGCAUGGUGGCAGGUGAUGAAGAAUCCUAUGAGGUCUUUGCUGAUGUCUUUAACCCUGUUAUUUUGGAAAGACACAAUGGUUAUGAUGUCAAGGUCAUGAGGCAUCCUACGGAUCUGGAUAGCAGCAAAAUCAAACAGGGGAUGUUUGAUGAAAAGUACGUCCUCUCCUCGCGUGUGCGGACUGGUCGCAGCAUCCGUGGGCUGAGUAUGCCCCCGGCCUGCUCCAGAGCCGAACGGAGGGAGGUGGAGAGGGUGGUCACGGAUGCCCUGUCUGGCUUAAAGGGAGAUCUGACUGGCAAAUACUACAAACUCUCCAACAUGACCGACAAAGAGCAGCAGCAGCUGAUCGAUGACCACUUCCUGUUUGACAAACCAGUGUCUCCUUUACUGAUGUCAGCAGGGAUGGCGAGAGAUUGGCCAGAUGCCCGUGGGAUCUGGCACAACAAUGAGAAAACCUUCUUAAUCUGGAUUAAUGAGGAGGAUCACACCCGGGUCAUCUCCAUGGAGAAAGGCGGCAACAUGAAGAGGGUGUUUGAUAGGUUCUGCCGGGGACUCAAGGAGGUGGAGAGGCUGAUUUAUGAGAAGGGAUGGGAGUUCAUGUGGAACGAGAGAUUAGGAUAUAUCCUGACCUGCCCAUCUAACCUGGGCACCGGACUCCGGGCUGGUGUCCACGUCAAGUUGCCUAUGCUCAGCAAGGACCCUCGAUUCAACAAGAUCCUGGAGAACCUACGGCUGCAGAAACGUGGAACCGGAGGAGUGGACACCGCUGCCGUUGGGGGAACCUUCGAUAUCUCCAACCUGGACCGUCUGGGCAAAUCCGAGGUGGAAUUGGUGCAGAUGGUGGUCGAUGGGGUCAACUACUUAGUAGAGUGUGAGAAAAAACUAGAAAGAGGCCAAGAUAUCAAGAUCCCAGCUUCUGUGAUCAAACGCUAGUUUCUCCCAGCUAAAAUCUGUGACUCUAACCGUGUGAUGUACAGUGGAACACUCUGCAUGGUUACACAUUCGCUUUCCAUUGUAUUCAAUGUCUAAAUGAAUAAACAUCUCGACUAUCC